AUGGAUGCUGUGAUCGUGUGCAGCUCUGGACCUGCUGAGAUCCUAAAGCCACGACACCUGCUGUCCGUCACCUGCUGUCCGUCACCUGCUGUCCGUCACCUGCUGUCCGUCACCUGCUGUCCGUCACCUGCUGUCCGUCACCUGCUGUCCGUCACCUGCUGUCCGUCACCUGCUGUCCGUCACCUGCUGUCCGGACUCCCUCGGCUUUUUGUAGCUGUUUGCAGCAGGAUUUCUCCAGGGACUGCACAGAACAUGUCCUUGCCGAAGCCUCAUCUGUUUGUGAAUCGCUCUGAUGAUGGACAUUUGGACAUCGUUUGUAGAAUCAUCUCCUGCUCUCCGAUCAAACCAAACCUCACGCUUCUGGACCAUCAGGGACGUGUUCUGCCAGAGCAACAACCGGGCGCCACGGAAGAUGGCGGCGAGUGUUAUACAGAAGAGAAACUGGCCAGAAUCUCAGCCCGAGGCGUGAAGAUAGAACCUACAGAGAACCUGACAGAGAACCUGACAGAGAACCUGACAGAGAACCUACGAGACUACAGAGAACCACAGAGACAGACAGAGAACCUGACAGAGAACCUGACAGAGAACCUGACAGAGAAACCUGACAGAGAACGACAGAGAACGACAGAGAACCUGAACAGAGAACCUGACAGAGAACCUGACAGAGAACCUGACAGAGAACCUGACAGAGAACCUGACAGAGAACCUGACAGAGAACCUGACACAGAGAACCUGACAGAGAACCUGACAGAGAACCUGACAGAGAACCUGACAGAGAACCUGACAGAGAACCUGACAGAGAACCUGACAGAGAACUGA